CAAAAAGAAACUAUUCCAUCCCGAAAAGACCCAGACUACGCAGACAGUCCACGCCGUUUUCUAAACAUAGCAAGCAUAACUGAAGCAGUAAACGGUUGCAUAAAUCACGCAAAUGUUUUGCGUGUGAAGAAACAAAUUACGGAAACAGAAACAGAAACCAAACCAUUUCAAUUUCACAUUCUCAUAUCAUGUGACACUCACAUGCUUUUAUAUGAGAGAGAAGUCAGAAAAUCUCUUACAACAGACACAUUUCAAUUUUCAAAAUAUCAAAAUAUACUCUUCUCUCUUUCUUUCCCAUACUCCUUCCACUCCUAAACAGUCUCUUUAGGAGGGAAAGGAAAGAAAACCAUGGCGGAAGAGCAAAAGGAGGAGAUAAACCAAUCCAAAUCUUCAAAUUCCAAUACAUUAAAACUGCAUUGGUGUGUUCUCUUCAUUGUUUUCGCUAUUUCCUGUAAAACGACAUCGUCUCUCGGUUUCGAUUACGCCGAUGCAUUAACAAAGAGUCUUCUUUACUUCGAAGCUCAACGCUCCGGUCGGUUACCGUACAACCAGCGAGUCACUUGGCGUGACCAUUCCGGCCUCACCGAUGGUUUAGAACAAGGCGUGGACUUAGUUGGAGGAUAUUACGACGCAGGGGACCAUGUAAAGUUCGGGUUGCCAAUGGCAUUCACGGUGACGAUGCUGUCAUGGAGUGUGAUAGAAUUCCGUGAUCAGAUCGCCGGCGCCGGAGAAUUAGAACACGCUUUAGAAGCUAUUAAAUGGGGUACUGAUUAUUUCAUCAAGGCUCACACUAGUCCCAAUGUGCUAUGGGCAGAGGUGGGCGAUGGUGACACCGACCAUUACUGCUGGCAACGACCGGAGGAUAUGACCACUUCGCGGCACGCUUACAAGAUCGAUGAGAAUAAUCCGGGGUCGGAUCUCGCCGGAGAAACUGCCGCCGCAAUGGCUGCCGCGUCACUAGUGUUUAGAAAAACAAACCCACAUUAUGCUCAUCUUCUACUGCAUCAUGCUCAACAGUUGUUUGAGUUUGGAGAUAAACACAGAGGAAAAUAUGAUCAAAGUAUAAAGGCAGUGAAGAGUUACUACGCGUCGGUGAGUGGGUACAUGGAUGAGUUGUUAUGGGGAGCUAUGUGGCUAUACAAAGCCACCGACAAUGAGGACUACUUAAACUACGUCAUCAACAAAGCUGUUUGUUUUGGCGGGAUUGGUUGGGCCAUAACAGAGUUUAGUUGGGAUGUUAAGUAUGCUGGUCUUCAAAUUAUGGCUUCAAAGUUGCUUAUGGAUGAGAAGCACAAGGAGCAUAAUCACAUACUAGAGCAAUACAAAUCAAAGGCAGAGUACUACAUAUGUUCAUGCCUUAACAAAAACAAUGGUAGCAAUGUGGACCGUACUCCGGCAGGCCUAUUACACGUCCGGCAAUGGAAUAACAUGCAAUAUGUUUCCACGGCGGCAUUCCUUCUCACUAUAUACUCCGAUUUUCUUCGAAGCUCGGAUAGAAAGCUGGUGUGCCAUGGCGGAUUAGUGGAUCAUGAAGAGAUCCUAAAUUUUGCUAAAUCACAAGUUGAUUAUAUUUUAGGCUCUAACCCAAUGAACAUGAGUUAUUUAGUGGGUUAUGGAUCUAAAUACCCUACAAGGGUUCACCAUAGAGGUGCCUCAAUUGUGUCAUACAGGGAAAAUAAGGGGUUUAUUGGGUGCACACAAGGGUAUGAUAAUUGGUAUAGCCAAAAGGAGCCUAACCCUAAUGUUCUAGUUGGGGCAUUGGUUGGAGGACCAGAUUGUCAAGAUAAUUUUAUGGACCAAAGGGGUAAUUAUAUGCAGACUGAGGCCUGCACAUAUAAUACAGCACCAUUAGUAGGAGUUUUUGCAAAAUUGUUAGAAAUGGAGGACCAAAAGGAGAAGGGUGAUCAUGAUCAUAAUCAAAAUCAACCUUUGGUUGCUUCUUAUUAGAAAUAUAUAUUAAAAGAAUAUAUAUAUUUAUAUAUAGUGUUUAAUAUUACACAUGAUGGUAUUUUUGGUGGUUGAACUAAAGUGUUCAAACCCCAUUUUGUAACUUGAAUCCUUUUCCCCUUCUAUGUUAGUGUUUAUAAUACCUAAACUAUUGAGUUAAACAUUGUUGUUUACCCCA